AUGGCGGGGGAUAUUGUGGUGGGGAUACUCUAUAAUUUAGUACUACCUCUUCUUCUGCUUGCAGCGUCAUCCUUCCGGUACAAUGGUCUGUCUGUGGUGUAUUUCCUUUUCCUGCUCACCCUUCCCCUGCUGCCAAACCCCUCUCUCACCUCCAUGCAAGGAAAAACAGGGACGUUCCUGCUGCUCAUCUGUUCUACCAGCGUGACGUUUCUGGCUCUACAGUGUUUCAUGCAGAUCACUUUUGCCUAUGUGCCUCAGUAUGAGAACGAAUAUUGGGAGAAUAUUCUCUACCAUCUGGGCAUUGUACGGUUCAGUUUGGUGGAUGCAGGGAACAUUGUGCGUCUCUUAGCCCCUGAUCUGGGGCUCUUCCUGUCAGCGCUCUUCAUACUGCGCCUGAUCAGGAAGCUGCUGCGCCCCACACCCCAACUUAACCAGAACUGUAUCGCACCCUCUGACCCUGAGUGCUCUUUUGACAAGCAGGAUGUGGAGAUGUCCGACUCAGAGUCUGAGGUCGGCAGUGAAGUCACAGACGGCUCGUCUUAUGACAGCUCGGAUGAAAGCAUAGCGGUGCCGGCAGCCCUUCCUCAGUUUGUCCAGAAGUUCAUGGCAUUUUCCCUUGGACUGCGCCUCUUGCUGUCCGCCAUCAUGAACACAGCAGGGAAAGUAGUGGUCACCAUACUACUAGGGCUGGCAGGCAUCGCUCUGCCCUCCCUGACCUCAGUGGUAUAUUUCGGGACGUUCCUGGGCCUGGUGUGGUGGUGGGUUUUUCUCCACUCCCUCAGCUUGCUGCUCUUCGGUACCCUCUGUGUGAUGAUGGCUAUAUUCAGCGCCGGUCACCUGUUGAGCCUCUACCUGUACCAGCUGCCCCUGGCCCAACAGAUCGUACCCCCACAGGACAUCUACGCCAGGCUGUUUGGUAUAACAGCGGUCAUCCAAACCAAUGAGACUGAGCCAUACAGUCUGGGUCUGCAGCCAGACAUCAGCUGGCCUGUCCUCACCAACCCCAUGGUGCUGCUGCUCCUUUAUUACACACUAGUGGCUCUGCUGCACAAGUGGGUCAACAUCACUGAGGAGGAGGAGGGUACUCUGGAGAAGUCUGAGAGUCCAGUAGAAUCCCUUGAGGAUCCCCCCAGCUUCUCCAAGCUACUGACCAGUAUGGAUGAUGAAGCGUACAUGCCAGACGAGGAGCCAAUGGUUUUACUGAUGAGCAGAUCAUGGCAUGACCUGAGAGGACAGGAGAUGGGGUCACUGAUGGGAGCGCCAGCGGCAGGAUAUACAAACUGCUACCCUCCACCACAAUAUGAAGGAAUAGACUUGGCACCCUCACAAGAGUCAGAGGAGUUGAAAGAGAUGAGUGAGGAAGAGAAGGAGAGGAGUGAGGUGUCUAUGAGUGAUACAGAGACUGUUCCCACCCCUCCUGGCCCCAGUGGACUGGUUGUGUUCGGCUUGUUCAUCAUGAAGCACAGCUACGUCAGCGCACUCAUCAUCAUGAUGGUGUGGAGCAUCACCUAUAACAGCUGGCUGACGUUUGCCCUGCUGGUGUGGUCGUGUCUGAUCUGGAUAAUGCGUGACCGUCGGCGCUACGCCAUGAUGAGUGCUCCCUUCCUGGCAGUGUACGGCACCGUGCUGCUACUGCUUGCCUUCCUGAGCAGUCUGAGGCUGCGGAGGAACGAGCUAUACCCUGACCUAGCCCACGCUGUGCUGGUAGAUUUUGACAUGGCCAGUUACCCAGCACCCUGCGUCCACCUGGGAGCCAAGGUGUUCUACGCCUUUAGCUUCUUGCUUCUGUUCCGUCAACAACUGAAGGAGAAACAGGAAGAGCAGGAUCUGAAGGAGUCAGAAGAGUCUCUGGAUGAAGUCAAAGUGCUACCACCGGAUGAAGGUGAUACCUCCCUCAUAAUGGAGAUGCUGGGUUCAGCGGUCAAGGGAACCCUGGUGAAGUACUGGAUCCUGUUCUGCUGCUCCAUGUUCUUUGUGGUCAGCUUCUCCGGGAAGGUGAUGGUCUACAAGAUCCUCUACAUUGUGCUGUUCCUCUUCUGUGUCGUCCUCUAUCAGAUCCAUUAUGACGUGUGGAGGCGAGUGCUGAAGUAUUUUUGGGCGGUGGUGGUGGGCUACUCCAUGGUCGUCCUGAUAGCCAUCUACAUGUACCAGUUUAAGACCGUGUCUGGCCUGUUCAGACAGAUCAUGGGCAUGUCUGAGGAAGGUCUCCGUGAUCUGGGGUUGGAGCAGUACGACACUGUGGAGCUGUUUGCUCGGAUCCUCCUCCCUGCAGCCUUCCUAUUGGCCUGCAUCCUGCAGCUGCACUAUUUCAACCAGGACUUCCUGGAGCUCACCAACCUCGACAACAUACCUGUCCGCCAGGGACAAACCAGGAUGGCGAAGGAGCAGAGAAAGCAGAUGAGUGAGGAGUCAGGACGUGUGGGGAGUCAGCACACGUUGGACAGUGAUGGACUGUCUGCCUCAUCAGAGAAGAAAUCUGAGGAGGACCGGGAGGGAACAGGCGCCCCAGAGGAGCGUCUGACCCAGUGGGGAUUGAUGGUGGACCGGGCUGGCCUGCUGCUGCUCCAGGCUCUGGCUGUCUUCCAGCUGGCUCAAGAGAUAAGUUGGAGGCUGCUGGAGCUCCACAGCCUCAAGAUCGUUUCUACCGGCAUUAUCUGGGUGUCCCUGCAAGAGGUGUCUCUGAUGAACUUCCUGUUUCUGGUACUGUGGGCCUUUGCCCUGCCCUUCCCCCGGCUCCGCCCCAUCGCCUCCAGUGUGUCCUCAGUCUGGGCCUGUGUCAUGGUGGUGUGUAAGAUGCUGUACCAGCUCAAGGUCAUCAAACCUCUGGAGUACUCCUCCAACUGUACCACUAUGGAGGGGAACAUGGCAGAGCUGCUGAGGAGGUCUGUGCUUUAUGUGAAGCCUGUUGACCCAGCCAUAUGGUGUGGAGAGCUGCGCAAGUGUGAAGACAGGAUCCUGCCCUGUCUCAGGAACCACCUGAUGGUGCUGGGGCUGCUGGUGUUUGAGGUGACGGUCCAUAGACACCAGCUCUACUAUCGCCUCCACAAUGACCUCAAGGUCCCCACCUUCAGCAUCAUCUUCCAAGGCAUCACACGCCAGCACCUGGACCAAGGUAUCCUGCCUUGCAUCAAGUACUUCAUCAACUACUUCUUCUACAAGUUUGGCCUGGAGGUGUGCUUUGUGGUGGCGGUGAAUGUGAUUGGCCAACGGAUGGAUUUCUAUGCGCUGCUGCACUCCUGUGCUCUGAUGGCUGUUCUGUCACGACGACGCAGGAAGGCCAUAGGGGAGGUGUGGCCUAAGUACUGCUGCUUCACUGCAGGACUCAUGGUGCUGCAGUACCUGCUCUGUAUCGGCAUCCCUCCCGCUCUCUGUGUCGAUUAUCCAUGGAGGACCUCCAGUCAGGCCCUGACCUCCAACCUCAUCAAGUGGCUUUAUCUGCCUGACUUCGCCAUGCGUCCUGCCCCUUACUUCAUUUUCUACGACCACCUCCUGCUCAUGUGCUCAUCGCUGCAGUGGAAGGUGUUUGAGGAGGAGAACCGUGCCUUGGUGCGCCUUAUGGGCGGGGAGAACGUGGAGAUCAGCCGCAGCUUGGACCCACGCUCCUUCAACCAGUACAUCCCUGUCAACAACUUCCUCCACUGCAGGUCCUACCUGGACAUGGUCAAGGUGUUUGUGUUCAGCUACUUCUUCUGGCUGGUGCUGUGCCUCAUCUUCAUCACAGGCACCACCCGCAUUAACAUCUUCUGCCUGGGCUACCUGCUAGCCUGCUUCUACUUCAUGCUGUUCGGGGGCAGCCUGCUCAUGCAGCCUGUACGAUACAUCCUCAGGCUCUGGGACUGGCUCAUCGGUUACACCUGUUUUGUCAUCGGCAUGAAGAACCUGCUAUCUCUUGGCUCAUGCGCUUAUCUGGACAGCCUGUUGAAGAAUGGUUGCUGGCUAAUUCAGGCCUUCAGCAUGGUCUGUACAAUCAAAGGCUAUGAUCUCCCUGCUCCUGAUGAUGAGUGUGAGCUGCCGGAGGGGGAGGCGGGCAUCGUGUGGGAUGCGAUCUGCUUCACCGUGCUCCUGGCUCAGAGGAGGGUUUUCCUCAGCUACUACUUCCUGUAUGUGGUGUCUGAUCUCAAGGCCUCCAAGAUCCUGGCCUCCAGGGGUGCUGAGCUCUUUGAAGCCAAAGUGAAGAAACUGGUUGCUGCAAGACUGGAGAUGGAGAAGAAGUCUGUGGAGACGCUAAAGAAGCAGAUGGAGAAGAUCAAAUCCAAACAGAAGAGUAAGCCUGGCCAAGGAGACGUAGCAGCGCCCCCUACUGAUAUAGUGCCAAAGGAAUUGGGAGUUGAAAACAACUGUGGCUACCAUCUAUUUGAGAGUGACAGUGAAGAGGAAGAGGAGGAAUUAGCCUAUGAGGCAUGGGUCACAAGCUCCAAAGCAGCCUUAAAUUUGCACAGAAAAGAAGAGUCGAAGAUGAAAAAAGAGGAGAAGAGGAGGGCAAAGAGACAGCAAGGCAUUGAGAGGGACGAGUCUAGUGAGGAUGAGUUGGAAGAGGAAAAUGAAGUGGAGGAGAAAGAAAAUAUAUUUCAGAGGAUUAUCGACUCGCUCAAGUUUUUAUGGGUGUUUAUCCUGUCCCUUCUGGAUGACCUCACUGAGGGCCUGAACUCCUUCUGCAAAGAUGGUCUGGACAUCUCCAAAGUGCUACGUUUUGAAAGGGCUCUUCUAGGCCAGCAACAGAAGAAGGGGAAAGAGGUGACACAGGAGAGCGUGAAGCGCUUCUAUGAGAACUGGAUGUCCAGACAGAACACCCUGGCCUCCCUGGAAGACCAGGAAGACAUAGUUCCCCCUGUCUCCUCCCCUCCACCUGUGCCGUCAUCAGCACGAGGUUACUCCACGUUGAAACACACCCACUCCAAAAUAUCCUGGGGUAGCAGCUUGUCCAGCUGUAUGACGGAUGAGACCCUGCUUGGGUCUCGUCAGCCCACUCUGGAUGAGCUGGAUGACCCUCCUAUACUCCAGGCCGCUGCCGACCAACUCAGACGGAAACUACUGAAAACUACCAACCUGGACCUUGACUCAUUUGACACUGAAGACCCUCCACUAAGCCAUGAUGAUACUGUUCCCAAUAAGGAGGACAGUAAAGAAGGAGAGGAUGUAUAUGAAGAAGAGGAGGGGGAAUAUAAAGUGGAGGAGGAAUAUAGAAUGGAGAAGGAGGAAUGGAGGGAGGAAGAAGAGGAGGAGAGGGAAAAAGCUGUGAUGAUUUCAGGAUCCAUCUCCCUGGACUAUCUGGAGUUUGAUGAGAACAGCGAAGAUUUCCCAGACUCCUCCAGGCCUCUUAGUGAGACCAGGAACCUCACGGCCAGCGAGCUACUGCUCAACAAUAUGUUUGGGAACGAUGAAAUUGAAGCGUCUGAUCAGUUCUUCCAGUCUCUCCCGAGACACCUGAGACUGGUGUUUGCCCUGUACAACACCAUGGUGUCUAAGUCAGAGAUGCUGUGCUACUUUGUGAUCAUCUUGAAUCACAUGGUGUCGGCCUCGCUGCUCAGUCUGAUCCUGCCCAUCCUUAUCUUCCUCUGGGCCAUGCUGUCUGUGCCACGCCCAACCAAGCGCUUCUGGAUGGCAGCCAUCAUCUACACAGAGCUGAUUGUGGUGGUCAAGUAUUUUUUCCAGUUUGGCUUUUUCCCCUGGACCACCUCGGCCUACCGAGGCAUCAAUGCGGACCGGCCCUUUGCUCUGCCCAACAUCAUUGGGGUGGAGAAGAAAGAUGGCUACGUUCUCUUUGACUUGAUACAACUCCUGGCUCUGUUCUUCCAUCGCUCCAUUCUAAAGUGUCACGGUCUUUGGGAUAACAAAGAGGUUGAGAUGCCGGACUUCUUCAAGAAGUUAAAGAAGAAGACUGAGAAGAAGAAGAUGAGUGGAGGAGACAAAGCAGGGGAUCAGCCGAAGCGAAGAAUGCCCUUCCUUCCUCUACAAGCCUCAACUGCAUCCUUGUUUCGCAGACGGGGAAAAGCCAACUCCACUGAGACAAACGAUGAUAUGCAGCUCAAAAAGCGCCACUCGAAGAAGAGGCACCACAAUAAAGUUCCCCUGACCAGGAAGGAAAGGAUCAAGAAGCUGAUCAGAGAAAGGAUGCUAGAGGCUAAAGCUGCUAUCAUAGAAGUUGCCCUACACAUAUACCUACCUAUCAGGCAGUUCUUCUAUGACAUCAUUCACCCAGAGUACAGCCCAGUGUGUGAUGUCUACGCUCUCAUGUUUCUGAUUGACGUGGUCAACUUCGUUGUCAUAAUAUUUGGAUACUGGGCUUUUGGGAAACACAGUGCUGCUGCUGACAUCACAGAUGCUCUUGGGGAGGACCAGGUCCCAUCGGCCUUCCUGGUCAUGCUGCUCAUCCAGUUUGGGACCAUGAUAGUGGACCGUGCUCUCUAUCUCCGCAAAACCCUUGUAGGAAAAUGUGUCUUCCAAGUGGUGCUGGUGUUUGGUAUCCACUUCUGGAUGUUUUUCAUACUCCCUGGGGUGACUGAGAGGAGGUUCAACAUGAACCAGGUGGCACAGUUGUGGUACUUUGUGAAGUGCAUCUACUUUGGCCUCUCAGCCUACCAGAUCAAGUGUGGCUACCCAAAUCGUGUGCUGGGAAACUUCCUGACCAAGAACUAUAACUACCUCAACCUAUUCCUCUUUCAAGGGUUCCGCCUGGUUCCGUUCCUCAUAGAGCUGCGUGCCGUGAUGGACUGGGUCUGGACUGACACCACCCUCAGCCUGGGCAGCUGGAUCUGUGUCGAGGACAUUUAUGCCAACAUUUUCAUACUCAAGUGCUGGAGGGAGUCGGAGAAGAAAUACCCACACACCCCAGGGCAGAAGAAGAAAAUGGUGGUGAAGUAUGGAAUGGGCGGCUUCAUCAUAUUCUUCCUCAUCAGUGUCAUCUGGUUCCCCCUCCUCUUCAUGUCAUUGGUCAAGUCAGUGGCUGGGGUGACCAAUCAGCCUCUAGAUGUUUCAAUUCAGCUCAGCAUAGCAGGAUAUGAGCCACUUUUCACAAUGAGUGCCCAGGAGCAGAACCUGAUGCCAUACUCAGAGGCAGGCCUCAACCGGCUCACCAACCUCUAUGCCACUCACCCGUCAGCCAUGCAGUUCCUUGUGAACUACAUGGCCGAGGACAUUGUCAUUGCAAAGAUCAAGAGUGAUGCCAGUCUAAUGUGGAGCAUCAGCCCUGCCAGCCGUGAUGCUAUGAUCCAUGAACUCAGCAACUCCACCCACAUCUACAUCACCCUGCGAUGGGUACUACUCAGGAAUGCGUCUCUGUCGAUGAACGUGGAGACCGUGGGGGAACACACUGUCAAGUAUGAGGACAGGGCCUUGAGGGACCAGAUAGUUCAGAUGCUCAUAGGGACACGCAGUGACUCUGUGGUCAUUGAGUCUCUCCUGCCCAAGUUCAUCAGAGGUCCCGGAGGACUGGAGUCCAAGAUGGCCACCCGUCUGGAUGUAGAACACUCAGAUAGGCCUGAGGACCUGCAGAUGUUGGCCUUCUACCGACCCCUGUCCAUCAAACUACAGCGGGCAGAAGACAGUGGAAGUGCAGAGGGGGGUCAGUGGUGGAUGGUGGAGGAAUGCACUCCUGGACAAGGGCACAUCCAGAGCAGCUGUCACAGCAUUGAGAUAGUGGUGUUCAACGACAAAGUCAGCCCCUCCAGCCUGGGUGCUCUAGCAGGACAGGGAAUUGUGGGCCUGUACAUGUCUGUGGUGCUGGUCGUUGGAAAGUUUGUCAGGGAAUUCUUCAACGGGAUAUCUCGCUCCAUCAUGUUUGAGGAGCUGCCGUGUGUGGAUCGGGUGUUGAAGCUCUGCACGGACAUCUUUGUUGUGCGAGAGACUGGUGAGAUGGAGCUGGAGGAAACACUGUUUGAGAAGCUCAUAUUCCUGUAUCGCUCACCAGAGACCAUGAUCAAGAUGACCAGAGAGAAGAGAGACUAGAGAGCACUAUGACAUUUUAGUUACGAAAAGGACGAUUUGUUUGUAUUCCUACUGUACAAUGCAUGCAUUUUGAAUCACUGACUACUUUUAAGUGAUUCAAAUUUUUUAAAGGAAGACCGUAGGCCAUAAUCAUAGAAAUGUGCUCCAAGUGUGAAACUAUAUUUAAUUUAAGUUGAGAUGCAACAUUAAGCCGUUUUAGAUUCAAAUGGCUUGUAUAGAGCUUACAGAUGCACAUCUGCUCUAUAGAAUGUAUUUCUCUCAACAUUCUGCAACUUUACACAUCCCACUGAACAACCCUGUUUCAUUGCACUGAAAAGCUCAUCUAGAAGUAUUCUCUCAUUUCACACUGUAUUCCGUCUAUGUACAGUAUUUAAUUAAAUGAAUAAAAUUCAGAGAUUA